GUUCUUGUUCGGUUCAAUCAUUGUUGCAGGUGGCAGGGUGCAGACGGACGGUGACACAAGCCAAAAUAUAGGGAGCGCCUUCCAUUGCAAGUAUGCUAGACGUUAUUGCGGUGGUUGGGAGCGAAUGUCGUCUGUGUAUCGGAGACCAACGCCGCUAGGACGAAAGUACUCGCCUCCUUAAUAUAGACGUCUUACCUAACGAUCAGUGUUGUGCCUUUAAUGGAACUGUAUGCAAUAUUAAUCAGCCAACGUUUCACGGUCAAUUCCAUGCUCUUUGACUUGCACUCUCAUGUGUUGUUACUCGACGUAUUCACAUUUACUUGUAAUCGCGAUCUCUUCGGGUAUCUGCGCAGCUGGACCUCGUCGGUUCCCUCAUUAGGCUUAACAUCUUCGUUACCUGGGGCACAGCCUGCGCCGAAUAUCAUUGAAGUGCCAGCAACGGAAGAGGAUGACGAGGAUGAUGCAGCUACUUUGCGGGGGGAUGAUGAAGAUGUCCAUAUUGAUGAUUUACCACCUGCUUUUCCAAGUCUGAACGGUGCUCAGCGUGCAGGCUCGAGCAAAGAGACUACCAGCUCUACGAUUCCACGGAUCUUGACUGAUUCAGAGCUCAUGCCUCCUCCGCCGUUACCUGGACUUGCAAGUCGACGACCAGGAACCUCGUCGGUGUCGUCUGCGUCUUCAUCAUUUCUUCUUGUUCCCUCCGGUACUUCAUCUCUGACCGUUCCUCUGAGUACGCUGAAACCUCCGAAUAAGAAGGCGACGAAGAAGGUAGCCUUAGCACCCGGACAUGGGCCCCUUGAUUGGGCGAAUCUGAAGAAGUCCGGGAAGGAUCUUAGGGGUGUUGACACUUUGUCCCGAAUACCGAUGUCUGUUCUAAAGCAGCAUAAUAAGCGGGAUGAUGCGUGGUCCGCUUUCAACGGCAAAGUCUACAAUAUUACUCCAUACUUGCCCUAUCACCCUGGCGGCGAGAAAGAGCUAAUGCGAGUGGCGGGUAGGGAUGGAUCGAAGCUCUUUGGUACGCCAUUAUCAUUGCAAGUCGCCGGUGUUUUCGCUGACUGCGUUUCUAUCAUAGCUUUAACUCAUGGCUGGGUUAACAUAGACUACAUGCUUGAUGAGUGCCUAGUUGGUUUCCUGGUCCCGGACUCUUGACGAGACUACCAGGGCUGCUGCCUCUUUUCGAAAUACACUUCAUUCCUCCUGGAUGUCAUGAUACCCAUACUCUAGAAUAGGGCUUAUCUAUACACCAUAUUGUUUUUGUGCUACUUAUACUAGAAUACGCUAGACCAUUUCUAUGUUAGACAAGAGGUCCUUUCUUGGAGGAUAGUGAGCGACAGAAGUAAUCAUCAGAGAGCUUUUUUUUGGGCCGGGUCAUGUUCACACCCACAAA